AUGUCAACGGCGUUUGUAUUAGUAACGAGUGGAGCGUCGGUAGUCACAAUUACUAUGCUGAUUGCUAUGGGUAUUAUUGUGAGCGACAUUAAUAGCCUUCACGAUGAGAUUACGGAAGGAAUGAAGGACUUCAUUUUGCAGUCUGACGUUGACGGUGCUUGGGAAAUGAUACUUGCCGGGUAUUCGGAUCAGAACUACCAUUCUCUUAAAGAAAAGCGCAAGGCUGACGCUGUCGGGCGACCUCAACAAGCGUACGGAUGUGCAUGUGCAGCUGCGAUUUCGAACUGUCCACCCGGACCUCAAGGACCUCCUGGGAUUCCAGGUCCUCCAGGAGAGCCAGGUCUUGACGGAACGCCUGGCAGUCCCGGCGUUUCUGGCGUUGGGGUUCUAAUCCAACAACAGACUUCAACAGCAUGUAUAAAGUGUCCAGCUGGGCCACGAGGAGUACAAGGUCCACCGGGAGAAAUGGGUCCGCAAGGCCCGGUUGGUCAACAAGGUCGUCAGGGAAUGCCAGGAAGCCCAGGUGAAAAUGGUUUACCUGGACCUCGCGGCGACAAUGGCAUGCCUGGAUUCCCGGGCAUGAGAGGAAUGCCUGGUCCACCUGGAUUGUCAGGAACGCGCUAUACGCAUGGAAGUGGAGGUAGGCCUGGUCCACAAGGUCCGCCGGGACCCACGGGUCCACCAGGUCAGGAUGGUGAGAUGGGUUGUGAAGGACCCGAAGGAAUGCCUGGACCACCGGGAAUCCAUGGACGCGACGGCACUCCUGGUCAUGAUGGCCAAUCCGGAAUACCAGGUCAGCCUGGAAACGAUGGAAAGGACGCUCACUACUGUCCAUGCCCUGCAAGAACUACGACAUUUUGA